AUGGGUGUCCCGACUGGCGAUCCGGAAGACUUUGAAAUGGAUUUGGGCAAUACCCAAGAUCCGGUUCAUUCUGGUGUCCCUGCUGAUGCCUCUCAUCCCAGGGUAGGAUUGGCUGCACCAGAAUCAGUGUACAUGGUCCCAGUCAGUGUCAUAGGAGGUGCAUCGACAGUCACCUUGACCCAAGAUGGGAUGCUGCAGCAAAGACAGGGCACGCGAGACAUCAAGCGAGGUGCGCGCGGACUGCCUAGUCGGAAGCCAAGCCCAGCGCAAUACUACAGACAUGUCAAGACAUCCGCGAAAGUGGAGAAGCAGAAGUCAAGGAGGUGGAAAAAUAAAACCGCCGACUCAAGACUUUCCUCCGAAUUGGAUCGACUCCUUGUCGGCGACGACAACCCUGAAGACCCUUCCUUCGGACAAUCACCUAUAGCCUACAAGGUCCAGCACCCAUUGCGAGCCGCUCUGCAGAGUCUUCCUGGCUUCGCAUUUGAUGACGAGCUGGACAGCGUCAUAUUCGGAAAACAUCGGCGCGUUUCGUUCGGUCUGGCUGAUAUCAUGGAGCAAGGUGGGCGUGACGCAGUCAAAGUUUGGCUCGAGGAGUUUCUCUUGCUUGCUUUCCAGACGAUGGAAAAUAUUGUCGCACGCCACCCGCAGUUCAAUCAUAUGGACGACGUUCCCAUGGGCUUCGUCAUCUUGGCCAGAGAAAUGGAGUCGACAACCGACAAGUCGCCCGCAUCUAGAUCUUUCUCGCGAGUGCGGAGAACUAUGGAGAGACGGCUUCGUCAAAGCUACGAUCUGCGAAGGCUCAUGGACUGGGUUCUCGAUGCUCGUCGAAAAUUUCUAGGAUCAAAGCCGAAGCCCAUGCCUGGUUUCGGAAUCUUUGGGCAGGCGGCGGUGGAGGAGGGAACCGAGCUCGAGAAGAAGUUAUGGGCAGCUAUAGAUGCGCAGAUGACUGAUGCAGCAAGAUAUACACCGUGUUGA